UACAUGCCGGCAACUCAAAACUAGCAACACCGAUUGACAGUUUCCGGUUGCCAUAAGUUCUUUCUUUGUGGCAUGGUGUCGGCAUAAGUUGCCGAAUAAGCAACCACAAUGCCGCAGAACGAAUACAUUGAGCGCCACCAAAAGCUUUACGGUAGAAGACUCGAUUAUGAGGAGAGGAAACGCAAACGCGAGGCUCGCGAGCCGCACAAGCGGGCCGAGAAGGCGCGCAAGCUGCGCGGCAUCAAGGCCAAGAUCUACAACAAGGAGCGCCGCAAUGAGAAGAUCCAGAUGAAGAAGAAAAUCAAGGCUCAUGAAGAGAAAAAUGUCAAACAGAACACUGAGAAGGUUGCUGAGGGAGCGCUCCCUGUAUACCUCCUCGACAGAGAUGUACAGUCCCGUGCUAAAGUACUCUCUAACAUGAUCAAACAGAAACGCAAAGAGAAAGCUGGCAAAUGGGACGUCCCGAUACCCAAAGUUAGAGCACAAGCUGACGCUGAAGUAUUCAAAGUACUAAAGUCUGGUAAAACAAAGAGGAAAGCGUGGAAACGCAUGGUUACUAAAGUCACAUUUGUCGGGGAGAACUUCACUAGGAAGCCUCCGAAGUUUGAAAGAUUUAUCCGGCCUAUGGCUCUACGUUUCAAGAAAGCACAUGUGACACAUCCCGAACUAAAAGCUACCUUCUGCUUGCCUAUCAUCGGUGUUAAGAAGAACCCAAGCUCACAAAUGUACACAAGUCUUGGUGUGAUAACAAAGGGUACUGUUUUGGAAGUGAACAUUUCCGAGCUCGGUCUUGUGACGCAGGCCGGUAAAGUGGUAUGGGGUAAAUAUGCCCAAGUAACGAACAAUCCUGAGAAUGACGGUUGUAUUAAUGCUGUACUUUUGGUCUGAUGUGUCUGUAUUUAUUAUCUUAUUCCAAUAAAGCAACUGUGAAGCUUU